AUGGUCAAGACUGUUCCUGUGUGUCACAUUCAGCCAGAUUUUGCUGAUCUUAUUGAUGCUGAAGAUGAUGGUGAUUUUUACAUCAAUGUAGAUGAAAGUUUGGAACAUGUUAAAGAAUAUAGGCUUAACACUGGGGAGCAUAAUAAUUUCGUUCAAAUUGGUAGCAAACUGUACUCAGUGGAAUUAGACGGUAGAAAAUAUAAAUUUCGUGUUAAAGAAGGUAAUUAUGCUAAUGUGGUACAGGAUAGAUGGACAUGCAUUGAUGCAGUUGAUCAACCAACCACUCAAUUUGCACUAGGCGACUCUGAUGGUAAUAUUAGAGUAUUUGAUUCAAGUCCAUCAUUGCAACAUCAUAUAAGAGAAGCACAUCUAGAUGAAAUUACAUGUUUGAAAUUUUUCCCCAGUGGACAAGUACUACUUUCAGGUUCUACAGAUAUGAGAUUGAAAAUAUGGUCAUUAGCCGAUGAAUCGAAUCCAAGAACUUUCGAAGGCCAUAAAUCACAAAUUACAGAUGCUUGCAUGGUUGAAAGAGGUCGUAAUUUUGUAUCAUCAUCACAGGAUGGGACUGUAAAACUUUGGGAAACUGGAUCAGGUUUGGCGGUUCAUACUUUUUUCAGGAGAGAAAACCCACUGGAUGGUAUUAAUACUCUAGCCUUGAAUAAAUCCUCAGAUGUUGUAUCACCUCGUGGCUCUAAUGCUUUAGAAUUUGGUACAGAGGGUAAGACUGUUCUAGCGGGUCAUAAUUCAGGUGUCAUUACAGUUUACGAUUUAUUCAACAAAAAUCAAGUUACUCAAUUACCGAGCUUUUUUAUGUCAAGCUGUAACACUUUGACUAGAAUUCCUAAUGAGCAGAAUUAUCUAUAUGCAGGUUAUUCCAAUGGUGCAUUGGCUCAAUGGGAUUUGAGGAAACCUGAUAAACCAGUGGAUCAUGUAUUAAUUAACGAAGGCAUAUCAAUAAAUCAUAUUUAUUACCACUCAAAUGCCCUAUAUGUAUCAUCAGGGGUAGAUACUGCUAUAAAACUGGAUGUUCAAUUGCCAGAAGGAAACAUCAUUGCUGAAGCACCAACCUUCCUUGUGGCUAACGAUUGUCAGGUAGCCCAAUUCGUCGCGACUCCAAAUAACAAGAGUAUAAUAGCUGUCGGCAAUUGGGGACUCUGCGUGCGUUUUCAGUGUUGA